AUGGAAGUGCUUGAAAAGAGGUUCCCUGCAAAGACUAUUCACCAGUUGAGAGAUAAAUAUGCUGAAGUCUUUGCAGAUAUGCUCUAUGGUGAGAUAGAUGAUGAACCGAGCAGAGAUGACACAACUAGUGAUUUGCGUGAUUGGUACAAACUUUUAGAAGGAGACACCCAUGACUCAGUUCUGGGACCAUCAGUGGAAACAUCUUUGUUCCAACCUUCCAAACAAUUGGUAUUAAAAGCAGUUGGAGAUCAGGAGGGAAUUCAAAAGUCACACUGCAAAUCAUCAAGGAAGGAGAGACAAACUUGGACUGCUGAGGAACACAGGACCCCAACUCAGUUGGCAAGCCAUGCUCAGAAGCAUUUCGACAGAAUCAAGAAGAAUGAAGUGGAUGAUAGGAGGCAGAGGCAUGCCAUCAAUGAUGUCAGGCUUGUGAAUCGUGAUAUGAAUAAUACUUCCCACUCCUAUACUGAACCAGGGAAAGGAAAACCAAAUGCGUCAAGCAUCCCACUGCCAGUCCUAACAGAGGACAUGGAUAUUCUGCAUGAUCUGACACACGGAAUGCCUAAUUUUGGGCAAGCGAGUAACAGUCCAAGUAACUUAGCAGGACAGAUAACACAUUGCAAUCAUACAAUCGAGAGCUUCUUCCAGUGGCAAGGCCCAGGCACCCCGUCACCAAGAGAGCAGUGGAAUGUCCUGCUUGCUCAAAGCAGGGCAGAACAUUGGACCUGGCCUCGCCGCAAGAGACGUCUUGGUGCAAUCACCAAACGUCGGCGCAGGAAUAACAGAAGAACACUCCCCGAUGUCCUCAGUGCCCAAAUCCCACAAGAAGUUCUGCAAUUUGCACAAGGAAGUGACAGCGGAGCCAAGUUAUCAUGUGAGAUGGUGCCCAUCAAAGGGCGCGACCUACGCACAACCAUACCGCCAUUUUGA